AGUCGUGAUUAGUCAGUUACAUACGACCGUCUGUCACUCAGAAAUCGAAAUGAAACAUUUAUCUCUCAUUUUUUAUUAUUGUUGACUAAAAUUAAACUAAUAGUAUGUUUUAUCCGUUUAGACGAGUUUUUAAAUUUCUAUCAAAUCCAUUUGUGUGCCAAAUAUCUAAAUAUUCGACGAAAGUAGUGCAGAAUACAUCAUGCGAAAGUUCAUCGAGAGUUAUACAGACCAGCUUUGGUCAGCCGACUUUUCAAACACAUCCUCAUUUAAUAAAAGAAGGCGAAGUCGUCCCUGGAAUUCAAAUGGAUGAAUUUAAAAGUAGACGAAGCAAAUUAAUGGAACAAAUUUUCCUCAAUAGUAUCAAUGAAAAAUCAUCGCAUAUUGUUGUAAUUCCAUCGUCAACGACAAUGUACAUGACUGAAAAAAUACCCUACGUGUUUCGUCAAAAUUCCGAUUUUCUCUAUUUCACCGGUUGUCAGGAGCCCGACAGUUGUCUCAUUCUCACAGGAAGAGGUGAGAAUUUCACCUCAACUCUAUUCAUGAGAAGCAAAGAUCCACGUUCAGAAUUAUGGAAUGGUACACGAACGGGAGUCGAUGCAGCGGUACCAUUAUUUGGUGUCGAUGAAGCACUUCCAAUUUCUGACUUUGAAAGAUUUUAUUCAUCGUUCAUUAAUGAAAAUCGACAGAGUAAAAUUUGGUACGAUUCGGAGGAUGUUGUUCAACCGGAGAUACAUAAAGUAUUGAUGAAUAUUUUAAAAGUAAAUGAUGGGAAAAUAUUCACUUGUCCGAAGACAGUAUUUCAUCAGAUGCGUUUAAUUAAAUCGAAAGCAGAGAUUGCUUUGAUGCAGAGAAGUUGUGAUAUUGCUUCGGAUGCAAUAGCGAAGGCGAUAAGUUCAUCGAAACCGGGAAUUAGUGAACAUCAGUUGUUUGCUAUUGUUGAUUAUCAAUCGAGAAUGAAUGGAGCAGAAUUUUUAGCAUAUCCACCAGUUGUUGCCGGUGGUAAAAAUGCCUGUACUAUUCAUUAUAUAACGAAUAAUCAAAUUGUUAAGAAUGGAGAAAUGGUUUUAAUGGACGCAGGUUGCGAAUAUCAUGGUUAUUCGUCGGACAUCACGAGGACGUGGCCGGUUAAUGGAACAUUUACCCAGCAGCAGAGAAUCUUGUAUGAAAUUAUUCUUGAGACGCAAAAAGAAAUGAUAGUAAAAUUGAGAGAUAUGCCGAGUUUAGAGCAAUUAUUUCGGGAAAUGUGUUUAUUUUUAGGAAAACGAUUGCAGGAGGUUUGCCUCGUUCCAAAACAUUAUGGAGGUGAUAAAUUAAUUGCAGCCGGUUAUGCAUAUUGUCCACAUCAUGUUAGUCACUAUUUGGGAAUGGAUGUUCACGAUACGGCGAAAAUAUCAAGAAGUAUAAAAGUCCAACCGGGAAUGAUUGUCACCGUUGAACCAGGCAUAUAUGUAAGUCCAAAAAAUCAGUUCGCACUUCCAGAAUUUCACGAUUUGGGUCUUCGAAUAGAAGACGACGUGUUGAUACAAGAAGGAGAAACUUUAGUUUUAACCCGAAAAUGUCCAAAAGAAGUCAAUGAAAUCGAAGACUUGGCAAAACUAAGUCAAUAAAUCCGAAUGUAAGUAUGUUAAUAAAUUUUGUACAAACAAAAAAAUGUUUAUGUAAAUAAAUAUUUAUCAAAAUUGUUCAUUUUUA